GACAUUAAUAUCGGUAGGGUUUCCACUUACAACAAUCUUUAUCUCUCCGUAUGGAUCAUGUUGGGUUGUCUAUAUCAAGUGCUUUCGGUGAAUUACCAAAACAAGAAAAAUGCGAUGUAUGUCAACUCUCUCUAAACCAUUAUUUAUUUCUUCUCGAUCUAGCUGAAGCUUCAAACUUCUUAAACUGAUAAAUUAUGGAGGCCAAGAAUUAGCCAAUCAAAACCCUGCCAGCCUGAAAAUUUGCAAAUCUAGGGUUUUCUGUCAAUUCCUCUUAUAUUCCUUUUGCAAUCCCUGUCCCCUUUUUCCUAUCCAUAAGGUUUCAGAUCUGAGAAACCCACAAAAAGUUUUGUCCAAAUUAAUCUACUAUUUCUAGAGUCAAUCUGCAGCCAAAAUCCCUUGCUAUUUUGGGAAACCAUCUUAGGUUUCCAAGUUUCUUGAUUUGGUUCAUUACUGUACCGCACCUUUUCUUUAACCCCUUUUUCAGUAAUUACAAAUCAUCAUAUAUUUUUCUUAAUUUCAAUCCCUUUAUCUCCGGCCCCUUCCCCCUAGCUAACAAAAAAAAAAUAAUAAAAAAAUGGUGAGGGGGAAAACUGAGAUGAAAAGGAUAGAAAAUGCGACAAGUAGGCAGGUGACAUUCUCGAAGCGGAGAAGUGGGCUGCUCAAAAAGGCUUUCGAGCUCUCAGUUCUUUGCGACGCUCAAGUUGCUCUCAUCAUCUUCUCUGCCAAAGGCAAACUCUACGAGUUCUCCACUUCCAGUGUGAUCACUGACACAAUAGAAAGGUAUCAGAAAAUUACGAAGGCUCGAGCAACUGAGAGAAACACUGUAGAAGAAGACAUGCAGUGUUUCAAAGACGAAGCAAGUGGCCUGCACAAGAAGAUUGAGGUCCUUGAAGAUUGUAAGAGAAAAUUGUUGGGAGAGAACAUUGAUUCUUGCUCUUUUAGUGAAGUAGAAGAGCUCGAACAUAAGUUGGAACGAAGUUUGAGCAACAUCCGGGACAGAAAGAAUACGGUAUUCAAAGAGCAAAUUGAUCUGCUGAAGGAACAGGAGAAGCAUCUAAUGAAAGAACAUCUACAGUUGAGAAAGAAAUGCGAAACACUGAAGCUGCAAUUGUCACCUAUUGUUCAACCGAAGGCACAAACUGUCGAAGUGGAGACAGCGUUGUACAUAGGACUCUCCAAAGCUCAAAAGCCCAACAUUUAGGUUUCAUGACCAAUGAGUGAAGAGUGUGUAUCAAUUUUUUUUUUCUUACAGAAAUAAAAUCUUGCUUAUCGAUUAAUGUAAAAUCUGAGCCGUGUAUAUUGUGGGUAAUGAUCUAAUUAAUGAAAAUGCUACAGAUAAUCAAUA